CCGCGGAGAGACAAUUCCUCUCCUUCCCUUCGGUCGUUGUGGGGCGGCUCUAUUCACCAUGGGGAAAUCAUUCGCCAAUUUCAUGUGCAAAAAGGAUUUCCAUCCUGCCUCCAAAUCCAACAUCAAAAAGGUAUGGAUGGCAGAACAAAAAAUUUCAUAUGAGAAGAAGAAACAAGAAGAAUUAAUGCAGCAGUACAUAAAAGAACAAGAAGUAUAUGAUAACAGAUUACUUAUGGGUGAUGAACGUGUUAAGAAUGGGCUUAACUUUAUGUAUGAAGCACCUCCAGGAGCAAAGACAGAAAAUAAAGAGACAGAGGAAGGUGAGACCGAAUACAAAUUCGAGUGGCAGAAAGUUGCUCCCCGAGAAAAAUAUGCCAAGGACGACAUGAACAUUAGGGAUCAGCCUUUCGGAAUCCAGGUGCGGAAUGUUAGGUGCAUCAAGUGUCAUAAAUGGGGUCACGUAAAUACAGACCGUGAAUGUCCGCUAUUUGGACUCUCUGGAAUCAAUGCAAGCUCCGUUUCGACAGAUGGUGCAGGUCCAUCAAUGCACCCUGCAGAGCUGAUGGCAGAGAUGAGGAACAGUGGAUUUGCACUAAAGCAGAGUGUAUUGGGGAAGAAAUCAACUCCAAAUGAUCCAUCACAGGAAUACAUUGCAAGUGAAGAUGAUGAUGAUCCCGAGGUGGAGUUUUUAAAAUCUCUUUCAACUAAACAAAAACAGAAGCUUUUGAGGAAACUUGACCACCUGGAAAAAAAGAAAAAACGAAAGAAGGAAAAGCAAAAAAAGAAAAAGAAAAGGAAACAUAAGAAAAAAGAAUGCAGUCCACCUACUACCAGCUCUUCCAGCGAAAGUGAUUCUGAAAAUGAAAAGAAGGAAACGCACAGCAAAAAGGAAACACACAGCAAAAAUAAAUAUUUAAAGAGGGAGAGGGAUUCAGCAUCAGGCAAUAAACACAGCUCCGAAAAACACGGAGGAGUUUCUAAACAAAAACCGAAUGAAACUUAUUCAAACAGUUACUCCAGGUCUGAAGAGGAUGACACAAAAGUCCAUGGAAAGCAUUACAGAAGCACAAGUAAAAAAGGCAGUAGACAUAGCAGCAAAAGUGACAGGGAGCAGAGUCAUCGAAGUAGAAGCAAUUCCAGAGAUGCACGUGGAAAAGUAGAAGAAAAGGACAUACAAAAUUCAAUUUACAGUAGGGAAAAGUUCUCUGAUGAAAGGCAUGUUAGUAGAUAUGAGAGCACACAUUGCAAAGAGAAGACUAUAAGUACCAGAUACACAUCAGGAAAUAAAAGGCAGAGAGAGUAAGACUCCAGAAAGUAACCAAGAGAUUUAUAUAGGGUAAAGAUUAGAAACAAAAAGAGUAAGUUGGGAUAGGUCAUAAGAAAAUUGGAAGUCUAUGAACUAAAUAAAAAUUACAGUUCUGUCAAACUACAGAAAAUGCUGGAUAAACUUAGCAGAUCUGGCAACAUCUAUGGAAAGAGAAACAAUUAUUUUUGAGGCCAGUGUCCUGAUGAAAUGUUGAAUCUCUAUUUCUCUCUCUUGGUUCAGCUCAAUCUGUGGAACUUCUUGUUUUAAUUUCCCAUUUUCAGGAUGUGCAGCUAUUUUCUUUACAAUUUCAGUUUUCUAUUCUCUGGUUGUAAUUGAGAUGAUGUAUGAUGCAAUUUCAGAUUCAUUUAGAACUUUAUUUCAUACUUUUUUCUAGAAGUUGUUAAUGACUUUGUAAUUAUUUGUACUUUUGUGUAAUGAAUAAAGUCUACAAUGAAAGAU